GUUACAAGUAAUCUCUCAACAGCUCCUUAUAAAUAAUGUGUCUAUCAUUUCGCCUUCUUCAACAUCAUCUCUGCACAUAGAUAUGGCAGAAAAAAUGGUGUCAUCUUUGUUACCUGCAUUCAUCAUGGUGCUAGUGCAGUUUGAGUUUGCAGGUAUGAACAUUUUCUCCAAGCUCGCCAUGGAUACCGGCAUGAAUCCCUUCAUCCAUGUCGCCUAUCGUCAGAUCUUCGCUUUUCUCUUCCUUGCGCCUAUAGCUUUUUUCGUUGAAAGAGGGAAAAGACCUCCGAUGACGCUGAAGGUUCUUGUCCAAGUUUUCUUCUGCUCCAUGUUCGGGUUAACGCUGAACCAAAUCACAUACUUUGUUGGUUUGAAACUCUCGACGCCAACCAUUGGGUGUGCGCUAUCGAAUCUUCUGCCCGCACUCACCUUUGUUCUUGCUGUCGUAUUCAAGCAAGAGGAUGCAAAGUUGAAGACGUUGGGUGGACUAGCGAAGUUGAUAGGAACAGUGGCUGCGGUUUCGGGUGCGAUGGUCUUGUCCAUGUACCAUGGACCGGUUAUACCCAUUGGUGAAUCAACCAUUCAUUUACGCAUGGCAAAGGAUGGGCUUAAUCCUGCUCAAGGAACCAUCGUCGGACCCAUUCUAGUCAUCGUUAGUGCUCUCACUUGGGCAAUAUGGUUUGUUAUCCAAGCAAAAAUGGGCGACGCAUAUCCUGUUCCGUAUUCAAGCUCGGCUUUGAUGUUGGCGAUGUCGACUGUUGAGUGCUCAAUAUUUGGCAUGAUCAUCAUGCCACAUAAACGCGAAUGGGCGUUGUAUCCACCCAUCAGGGCCUUGGCAUCUGUUUAUGGGGGAGUGGUUUGUUCGGGGAUCGGAGUUUGCAUGAUGUCCUGGAGUAUCCAGAGAAGAGGAGCAUUGUUUGUUUCAGUAUUUAGCCCAUUGUUGUUGGUCAUUGUUGCAAUACUCAGCUGGGCAUUUCUACGUGAAAAGUUAUAUGUUGGAACAGUGCUAGGAUCAGUGCUGAUUGUUAUUGGAUUGUACGCUGUGUUAUGGGGAAAAAGCAAGGAACUGGAAGCCCCUAAAGUCGAGACAAAGGAAGAUAUCGAAAUGCAUUGAUCGAUAUAUGCAUAAUUAAGUGGUUUAAUAAUAAGAUAUAUGCUUUGUUGAACCUACAUGAUUAUAUUAUGAUUUGUUGCAUUAUAAGAUCGAUUCAAGGUAUAAAAGCGUCUUUGCGGGAGUUUAAAUG